AUUGUCCCAUUCAAACAACGUGUUCACACAUCCUUGGGAAAUUCAGCUGGAGAAGAACAGGCCACACAGGCUUUAUACCUUUUGUAGUUCUAAGACAAAAGAGGCUUUGUCAGAGUAUUGCUUUUGGUAGAAACUGCCUUAGCAGUGUCAAGAAUAGCCAGACACCUCAAGUUCUGAUAGUAACCUCUUGGCACACAUAUCUAAAUCGUAAUGGAUGCUGGGUAUGUCCUGUGCAAUUGGAAAGACCAGUUAUGGCCAGCAAAAGUUUUGUCUAGAUCUGAGAUGUCAUCAAACAGUAAGAGAAAAAAGACAUUUUCCCUGGAAGUUCAAAUACUCUCACUGGAUGAAAAAAUUAAAGUGGAAAGCACAGAAACAAAGAUUCUAAGUAAAUCUCGAAUUGAAGCCAUUGCCUCCUCACUAGCAGCACAGUCAGAAGUCAGUGCUCCACCUAAAGAGGAAACAGCCUAUGAAAGGUCACUAAAAGUGGCACUGGAUAUUCUGAAUGAAAGAACAAAUUUGAGUCAAGCAAGCAGUUCAGAUGAAGAAGCAACCACUACUCUGUCUCAAAAUGAUCCACAAAAGCUUUCUGAUUCACCCCCUCAUAAAAAGUAUCGGAAGCAUGAAGGAGAUGACGGAGAUGAAGGAGACCUAUCAAAGUGUCUUGAGGAAAGUGAAACCGCAACAUCCCUGUUAGGAGCUAAUUUAGAGAAUAAUGAUUCCCUGUGUGAUGAUAAAUCACAGGUGCAUGCAACCAUUGAUACUCUUGCAACUGAAAUGGAAACAAAGUCAUCAGAAAACUCCAGCUGGUAUGAAACUUUUCCUUCCCUUUCAGAAGAUGAGGAUGAAAAGGAAAGCAAGAAAAAGAUUGAUAUCUCAGCAGUUAUGCCUCUGUAUUCCACAAUCAAAAAAGAGGAUGUAUGCGUUAAAGAUGAAAAGUUCACUCCAACUUGGCCAUCAGACACCUUCACUGUGCCCAAAGCUGUGAAAGAGGAGGCACAGGAUAUUUGCCCAGAGACCCUGGGUGUUUCCUCUGAAUGCUCUACCUUCUCAGAGAAUGUUGAAGAUCCUGGAGAAGGCCCUUCAAAUCCGUGCUCAAGUACCAGCCAGAAUCAACCUGUAGAAUCAGAAGCAGGUGCUGCGGCAUUGCCCAGGCAUUGUUCAUGGGAAUGUCAGGUUUCACUUAGUGCCUCUAACCGUGUCCUGGAUUAUUCACUCCUUCUUAUGAAUAAUGAAAGAGAUCUUCAGAGACUGGAUUUCGAAGAACUUGGGGAAGAACUUCAGGCUUCUGAUAAGUCAGCACAGCUAAAUCCUAUUGAUACUUCCGUAUUAGAUGACAACGACGAAGAUGAAGAACUUCCACGCUUUGUUUUUAAUUAUGAGCCUCGUUCAUUUGAAACAGGAAUGAUAGUCUGGUUUAAAUAUCAGAAAUAUCCAUUUUGGCCAGCAGUGGUGAAAAGCAUCAGGCGAAAAGAAAGAAAAGCAAGUGUGCUUUUUGUUGAGGCAAGCAUGAAUCCUGAAAAGAGAGGCAUUAGGGUGCCUUUUAGAAGAUUAAAGAAAUUUGAUUGUAAAGAGAAACAAGCACUAGUGGAGAAAGCCAGGGAGGAAUACAGUGAAAGUAUUGACUGGUGCAUCUCGCUGAUUUGUGACUACAGAGUUAGACUAGGUUGUGGUUCUUUUGCGGGUUCUUUCCUUGAGUAUUAUGCUGCUGAUAUUAGUUAUCCACUUAGAAAAGUAAUCAAACAGGACACCUUUAGGAACUUAUUCCCAAAGCUGCAUAAUGAGAAUUCUGCAGAACAGAUGGUUGUGACUUCCCAGACCAAGAAAAUGUCCUUCCAGAAAAUUCUUCCUGACCGAAUGAAGGCUGCUCGGGACCGAGCCAACAAGAACCUAGUGGACUUCAUUGUGAAUGCAAAGGGAACAGAGAACCAUCUUCUAGCCAUUUUAAAAGGCACAAAAGGGUCCAGGUGGCUGAAGUCAUUUUUGAAUGCAAAUAGGUUCACUCCCUGUAUUGAAACAUACUUUGAGGAUGAAGAUCAGUUGGAUGAGGUGGUGAAAUAUUUACAAGAAAUCUACAAACAAAUAGAUAAAAAAAUGCUGACUCUGAUAAGAGAUGAUAAAAUUAAAUUUAUCCUGGAAGUUCUUCUGCCAGAAGCAAUCAUUUGUUCAAUUUCUGCUGUUGAUGGAUUAGAUUACAAGGCAGCUGAAGCAAAGUAUCUAAAGGGACCAUCCCUAGGAUACAGGGAAAGAGAAUUAUUUGAUGCAAAAAUCUUAUUUGAAAAGAGACGGAAACCAUUAACAAAUGAAGCUCAUUAAAUCUCUUGAGAGUCCAAACCAUAACUGGAAACUUUCAUAGAUAUUAGUUUUAAAAAGUUGCUGAACAAUUCUAACAUAUAUUUUCCAGAAAUGGGAGAGUUUGGGUACUGUGUUCACUUUUUUUUGCCAUCUCUAGGAUUUGUGAGUAUUACUACAUCUUGAUUGCCUUUUCUUAACGCUCCUUCAGUCAGUUUUAUUAACAUAUCAGCAGUUCUACUUUCCCAUACAUUUUUAGAAUGCAUAAUUCCUAAAUUAUUUUUAAGGGAAAGUACUGUUUUGUUUUUUGACUUUUUUUGUGUCUCUGCUGUAUAGUUAAAUACAGUGUGCACAAUCAUUUUAAUAUUAAAAUUGCACUGGUGUUAGAUAUUAAGGGAGAUAAUUAGAAAACUAGUCUAAAGAACAUCACAUAUAUUUUUUGCUUAAUUUUUAUAAAAUAUUAGGUUUUCUCUUAAGAUAGUUGAAUUAUUUUUCCUGCCACGCCUAUUUAUUUUUGGAAAAAAAAUAACUCUGAAACAUGGAACCAAAGAUAGAGAGAUGCUUUGCUAUAUAUUAUAUUUAACAGCAAUUGUUUUUGCAAGAAAACAGUCUGGAAUUCAAAAAUAAAUAGAUUACCUGCAUGCAGUCUAUAUGUGUGUGAAGAACAUCUCAGCAUGCAGAAAAUAAUUUUGACAGCCUUGAACAGGAUUGUUCAUUUUACGUUUCUCUGAAAUUCCGUUUAUGAGAGUGUCUGUUAUUCAAUAGCUGAAUGGUUUCUUAAAACAGGCUGUCUUCAUUACUAACAGUGACUGUAUCUUAAUAUAGCCUUCUGACCACAUGUGGAAGGCAGCUAGAAUCAUUGUAUUCACAGUCUGGCUACUCUAGAUGGAUGAGUCCAGGCUGAUUGCUUAAGAGCCCAUCUAGUUUGAUAUAAACUAUAGAAAAUGCAAGCACUUUGUUCUGAGUCUUGUAUCUCUGAAUACAUAGUCAUUUGUUUCAAACCAAGCAAUCUUUAUCAUCUGGCUUAUUCGUAAAAUAGUUCAAGUUGGUUCCAAUAAUAUAAAUGCCAACUGGUAAGUUAUUCCAGGCUACUAGAAAGAGUAGAUAGACCAGAAUCUGUGAAUUUGGAAAUGGGUCACAGAAAAAGCCUCCAUUUGUCCAAAGUUGACAAUUAUCUGAAUGUUUCAAAAUAAACAAAAGUUAAUGUUUGAAGCCAAUGAAGUGUUUAUUCUAACUUGAAACAAGACUUCAGUGAGAAUAAAUUUUAGGAGAGCUACUUUAUUUUAAAACCUUGACAUAAAUAUAAAUGCUAAAGGCUUAACAUGAACCUGUCUGCAUUUUUACUGAUUGAGGCAAGUGUCACUCUUGGGGUUUUGUUACAUGGCCACAUGUUUAUGUAAAAUUUGCAAAUGUUUGAUGUUUUGAUUUGCAAUAAAGCUAUUAUAUCUUUCA